ACAACAGAGUUGAGAGGAAACUUGUUUCGAUGAACUUGGGGUGUUGAGGAGAAAGAUUGGUCACUGGGAAAGGAAUGCAUUCAAUCAGGAACUUCUUCUGUGGCCGCUGGUCAUGUGACGUGCGUCUGGACGGUCAGACUGUCAUCAUCACAGGAGCUAACACUGGAAUCGGCAAAGAGACAGCCAGGGACCUGGCCAAGAGAGGUGCUCGCAUCAUCAUGGCGUGUAGAGACAUGGAGAAGGCGGAGGGCGCCAGGAAAGAGAUCACAGAAGAUUGUGGAAAUGAAAACAUUGUCGUUCACAAACUGGAUUUGUCUGACACCAAGUCUAUCAGAGAGUUCGCUGAGCUGGUUAACAAGGAGGAGAAGCAAGUCAAUAUCCUGAUCAACAACGCAGGCAUCAUGAUGUGUCCCUACUCUAAGACCAAGGACGGCUUUGAGAUGCAGUUUGGAGUCAACCACCUGGGUCACUUCCUGUUGACCUACCUGUUGGUGGACCUGAUCAAGUGCUCGGCGCCAGCCCGCAUCGUUAACGUGUCGUCAGUGGCUCACACCUGGACCAGCAUGAGACUGGAUGACAUCAACAGUGAGAAGAGCUACGACCAGGUCAAGGCCUAUGGACAGAGCAAACUGGCCAAUGUCCUCUGCACACGUUCACUGGCAAAACGACUGCAGGGCACCGGUGUGAGUGUGUUCUCCCUCCACCCGGGUGUGGUCCAGUCAGAACUAUGGCGACACCUGAACAAUCGUGUCCAGGUAGCGGUCAAAGUGUUCCGGCCAUUCACUAAGUCCUCUGUCGAGGGAGCUCAGACCUCCAUAUACUGUGCUGUGGAGCCAGGACUGGAGAAGGAGAGUGGAGGAUACUACAGCGACUGUGCGCCUGCAAGGUGUUCCAGGACAGCUUCGGAUGACGACUUGGCCCAGAAACUGUGGGAGCUGAGCUGUAAGAUGCUGGCCAUCACCUGGGAGUGAACACAAGACACGAGGCUGCAUCUCAAAUGGCCCCCUAGUCCUCAUGUAGUGCACUGAAUACAUUGUGGAUAUGGUGUACGACGUGGCUUUGGCCAACAGUAGUGCACUGAAUACAUUGUGGAUAUGGUGUACGACGUGGCUUUGGCCAACAGUAGUGCACUGUAUACAUUGUGGAUAUGGUGUACGACGUGGCUUUGGCCAACAGUAGUGCACUGUAUAGGCAAAAAUGCUAUUUGAUAUUUGCCCAGAUUUUUUUUACAGUUAUUCUAUUCUCACUAUGUAGAUUGCAAUAUGUUUAAAGCAUUACUACUACAGUUGAAGUUUACAUACACUUACGUUGGAGUCAUUAAAACUUGUUUUUCAACCACUCCACAAAUUUCUUGUUAACGAACUAAGGUUUUGGCAAGUCGGUUAGGACAUCUACUUUGCGCAUGACACAAGUAAAUUUUACAGCAGUUGUUUACAGAUUAUUUCACUUGUAAUUAACUGUAUCACAAUUCCAGUGGGUCAGAAGUUUACAUACACUAAGUUGACUCGGCCUUGAAACAGCUUAAAAAAUUCCAGAAAAUGUCAUGGCUUUAGAAGCUUCUGAUAGGCUAAUUGACAUAAUUUGAGUCAAUUGGAGGUGUACCUGUGGAUAUAUUUCAAGGCCUACCUUCAAACUCAGUGCCUCUUUGCUUGACAUCAUAUGAAAAUCAAAAGAAAUCAGCCAAGACCUCAGAAUAGAAAUUGUAGACCUCCAAGUCUGGUUCAUCCUUGGGAGCAAUUUCCAAACGCCUGAAGGUACCACGUUCAUCUGUACAAACAAUAGUACGCAAGUAUAAACACAAUGGGACCAUGCAACCAUCAUACCGCUCAGCAAGGAGACGAGUUCUGUCUCCUAGAGAUGAAUGUACUUUGGUGCGAAAGGUGCAAAUCAAUCUCAGAACAACAGCAAAGGACCUUGUGAAGAUGCUGGAGGAAACAGGUACAAAAGUAUCUAUAUCCACAGUAAAACGAGUCCUAUAUCGACAUAACCUGAAAGGCCGCUCAGAAAGGAAGAAGCCACUGCCCCAAAACUGCCAUAAAAAAGCCAGACUACGGUUUACAACUGCACAUGGGGACAAAUAUCGUACUUUUUGGAGAAAUGUCCUCUGGUCUGAUGGGGGAAAAAAAUAGAACUGUUUGGCCAUAAUGACCAUCGUUAUGCUUGGGUGAAAAAGGGGGAGACUUGCAACCCGAAGAACACCAUCCCAACAGUGAAGCACGGUGGUGGCAGCAUCAUUUUGUAGGGGUGUUUUGCUGCAGGAGGGACUGGUGCACUUCACACAAUAGAUGGAAUCAUGAGGGAUGAAAGUUAUGUGGAUAUAUUGAAGCAAUAUCUCAAGACAUCAGUCAGGAAGUUAAAGCUUGGUCACAAAUGGGUGUUCCAAAUGGACAAUGACCCCAAGCAUACUUCCACAGUUGUGGCAAAAUGCCUUAAUGACAACCAAGUCAAGGUAUUGGAGUGGCCAGCACAAAGCCCUGACCUCAAUCCGAUAGAAAAUUUGUGGGCAGAACUGAAAAGGUGUGUGCGAGCAAGGAGGCCUACAAACCUGACUGAGUUACAACAGCUCUGUCAGGAGGAAUGGGCCAAAAUUCACCCAACUUACUAUGGGAAGCUUGUGGAAGGUUACCCAAAAUGUUUGACCCAAGUUAAACAAUCUAAAGGCAAUGCUACCAAAUACUAAUUGAGUGUAUGUAAACUUCUGACCCACUGGGAAUGUGAUGAAAUAAAUAAAUGCUGAAAGAAAUAAUUAUCUACUAUUAUUCUGACAUGUCACAUUCUUAAAAUAAAGUGGUGAUCCUAACUGACCUAAGACGGGGAACCUUUUACUAGGAUAAAUGUUAGGAAUUGUGAAAAACGAGUUUAAAUGUAUUGUAUGUAUGUAUGUAUGUAUGUAUGUAUGUAUGUAUGUAUGUAUGUGUGUGUACUGUAGUUGUAUAUGAGUAAACGGACAGAAAAAUAGAAUUGUUGAGGAAUGAAUAAAGACUAGUUGUGACUCGUGUCUCAAAUCCUGUUCCCCACAUAGUGGCUACGUUUUGGCCCGAGCCUGGUGUAGAUGGAUUUGUCCUGAUUCAAAACUCUGAAAAUACAUCCUUUCUGUUUCUCCCUUUUAAGGCUGCAUUUACAAUUACUAGCAAAAGAGCUGAUCUGAUUUGCCAAAAUAUGUCUGUGUAAAUGCAGCCUCAAGAUCAAGGGCUCAAGAUCAAGCGUUACAGCGCGAUUCAUCUUUUAAAGGCAAAUUCUCCGCAUUCACAGUAAACGCUACAUAAGUAUGUUGUCUCAAUCAGAAGUUAUCUUUAAAUUUCAACUGUGCUACAAUGCAGAUCUUCUGCGCUACGGAUUGAAUUGAGCCCUUAGGCUGUGUUCACACAGGCAGCCCAAUUCUGUUAUUUUGCCCAGUUAGUGGCAAGAGCUGAUCUGAUUGGUCAAAAGACCAAUUAGUGAGUGAAAGAUCAGAAUUGGCUUGCCUGUGUAUAUACAGCCUAUGUUAUAUGGCAUUGGAUUUAAUUUUGUAGUACAUAUUAUUAAAGGUAUUGU